AUCACCAUCUCAGAGCGCAAGGGCAACCUCUUCGAUGCUCCACCCAACACACUCCUCCUCCAUGCCUGCAACUGCGUAGGAAGCUGGGGCGCCGGCAUCGCUCUCGCCUUCAAAAAACAAUACCCAGACCACUUUGCCAUCUACAAAGCCCACUGCGACGCCAAAACUCCAAACUCAAUCCUCAGCACUUGUCUGCUGAUCCCUCCCCAGCCCACCGGCCCUAAACAUUGGAUUGGUUGUUUGUUCACUUCUAAAAAGUACGGUAGAGGCAAGGACUGCAAAGACGAUAUUAUGGACAGCACAGACAGUGCACUGCAGGAUAUGCUCGAGCAGUUGGGAGAUAUGGAGAAAAAGCCAGAGCGUAUCUGGAUGUGCAAGAUCAACUCGGGCUCUUUCAAAGUGCCCUGGAGUCAGACUAAGGCACUCAUCGAGGCGUUGACUUUCAAGGACGGU